AUGUCCUCCAACGUCGGCCUGACCACGCCCCGCGGAAGCGGCACAUCAGGCUACGUGCAGCGCAACAACGCCUUCAUAAAGCCGCGCAGCACAGGCACCGGCGCCCCCUACCCACCCCUCUCCGGCGCAAACGGCACAGACUACGGAUUCAAGCAGCGUGUCCCGGACAAGCAGAUUCUCGAGCACGACCGGCGCCGCGCAAUCGAGGUCAAGGUGAUGGAGGAGCGGGAGCGGCUGGAGGAGGAGAACGAGGUUAUUGAGGAGGAGGAAGCGAAGCUGGCCAAAAACAAAAACAAAAACAAAAACAAAGAGGCCAAUGCCGAGGGCGAGGAGAAUGCGGAGAAUGAGGACGGCCGGAAAGUCCUUUCGGAGGAGGAGAUCGAUGCGCGAUGCGAGGUGCUGAGGCAGAGGUUGGUGCGGGAGAUGGAGGAUUCGAGUGCGGGGGGUCAUCGGCCGGGCCCGAUUCGGGGCGGGAGGAAGUGGGAUGGGGAUGGGAAUGGAAAGGACCAGCGCCGGUUUAAGGCUUAUCAGGUUCAUGAGCUUGCUGAGGCGAAGAUUGAGGAGAGUGAGCGGUUGCGGAGGGCGUUGGGUAUUCGGGAGGAUAGGGAGACGGGCGCUAUUAGUAGUACCCGGGACAGGAGGCCGCGGGAUAGUAGGGAUUCGAGGGAUUAA